AUGGCCCUGGUCCAAAACCUCAUAGAGAGGUUGCUCACUGCGAAGGGGAGUGCCACUCAACGACAGAUCCUUAUUCGUGAGGACGAUAUACGCAAUAUUAUCACGGAGGUACGCGACGUAUUCAUGUCACAGCCAAUGUUACUAGAGAUCCGCCCACCUGUACGCCUCUGUGGCGACAUACACGGGCAGUACUACGAUCUGCUACGCAUAUUCGAGAAGUGUGGGUUCCCACCGUACUCGAACUACCUGUUCCUGGGGGACUACGUAGACCGCGGCAAGCACAGUGUGGAAACAAUCACUCUCAUGUUCUGCUACAAAAUCAUCUACCCGGAGAACUUCUUUCUGCUGCGCGGCAACCACGAGUGUGCGAGCAUCAACAAAAUGUACGGCUUCUUCGAUGAUGUGAAACGACGGUACAAUAUCA